UGACGUUACAGCUAAUAUUUAUAUGUAUUUAAAAAUAUAACAAAAAUAGAUUUAUUACUGUGUUUCUUUUUACAAAACAAGAACAAAUGUAACAUUCAUUACAACAUAUAUUAAUAAAUAAUACAUCAUUUGGCAUGAAAUGUUAAAAAGCUUGGAAAUGUUAUAGCAAACUAGAAGUAUUUUUUAAAUUGUAUUAUUAGAUUUGCAUGGUGUUAUACAUGUCAUUUGGAUUUUAGUUGCUUGGCAACUAUUCAGUCAAAACAGAUAAUCUUUCAUGUUUGGAAGUUGAGCAGUGACGUCUACAUCUCAUUUAUAACUGUCAAUACCACAGUGCCACUAUAAAUAUUUUACGGCCGUUAAUAAAUUUGUUUGCUUAUUUACAGCAAGUUUAUUUAAACAUUAAUCCUAUAUUGUUUGUAUCGCGUUUUCUGAGAUUUUCUUGAUAGAAUUUUGCAUUCAAAAUGGGACCAAAAAAGGCAAAAGCACCUGACAAUGUUGAUGGUGCAGAUACAACAAAAAUGAAUAGAGAACAAUUAGAGGUGUAUGCUCACAAAAUACUUGAAGAAUUGGAACGGGAGAGAGAAGAAAGAAAUUAUUUUCAGCUUGAAAGAGAUAAGCUUCGGACUUUUUGGGAAAUCACAAGACAUCAAUUAGAAGAGGCUCAAGCGACUAUCAGAAACACAGAACGUGAGAAGGAAGAAGUAACUGAUAAGCAUGAGGCAGAGCUGAAAUUGUACAAGCAGAAAGUGAAACACUUGAUGUAUGAACAUCAAACCAAUUUAUCAGAAACUAAAGCUGAUCACAUGGUUGCAUUAAAAUUGGCGCAAGACGAUUACAUAGCUCAAGAGAAUGAAUUGUAUAAAGAUAAGAGGGAUCUAAAGAAGACAAUAAAAGAGCAAGAUUUAGCACAUCUAAAUGAAAUACGUGCACUAAAAUUGCAAAAUGCAGAGGAGAUAGAUAAGAUAACGAAGCAAUUUGAAACUGAAGCUGCCGAAAUGGAACAAAAGUAUGAGCAAAAGUUAGCAAAUCAGUAUGAAUCUCUUACUCUGAAACAUCGUAUGGAAAUAACCGAAGUAGAAGAGAGGAAGAAUAUACAGAUUAAUAAUUUAAUAAAAAAUCACGAGACAGCAUUCUCAGAAAUGAAAACUUACUUCAAUGAUAUUACUCUGAACAAUUUGUCUUUAAUUAAAAGUAUGAAGGAUCAAAUGGAAGUAAUGAGAAACAAUGAAGAGCGGAUGAAGAAACAAGUACGAGAAUUAACCACAGAAAACAAAAAAUAUUCUGGUGACUUGAAAAAUCUCGAAAAUUCAGUGGCACAAUUAACUCACCAACUUCAAAACUAUGAGAAGGAUAAACAAGCAUUAACUUCUACCAAGAAGAGGCUGGCAAUUGUUCAAAAAGAUUUCGAGAAUCUGAGAUGGGAAAAUGAAGUACUGGAAUUACGUUUUGACAAGUGUCAAUCCGAAAGGGACGAGUUACAAUCAAGAUUUAUCUCAUCUAUACUUGAACUUCAACAGAAAACAGGUCUAAAGAACGUACUUUUAGAAAAGAAACUCGAAAAAUUAUCUGAUUUGCUAGAACAACGCGAGGCACAGAUUAGCGAGGUGCUUGCUGCUGCUCAAUUAGACCCAGAAGCUGUCCUACAUGCCAAUAAGAAAUUAGAGAACAUGCUGACUAGAAAAAACACUGCAAUACAAGAUCUUCAGUAUGAAUUAGCAAAAGUUUGCAAAGCACAUGAUGACCUAUUAAGGACAUAUGAAGCAAAGUUACAGGAGUAUGGGAUUCCGAAAAGCGAGCUUGGUUUUCAACCUUUAAAAAUAAAAUCAGUAAGUUCAAAAUUAGGUCUAGGACCUGCUGGAUUAGUUACCGUAAAUCGUUAGUUCAUAUUAAUAAAUCAUCCUGAUAUGAAUUGCAAAUGAUCAUUAAAUCGAUCAUUAUUAAUAGCCAGUAAAACUUUUGAGACAUAAAUGAAGAACAUCAAUGGAAAGAAAGCAUAAAUAAUUUUUGACGUAUACUAUUUUUAUUUUGUAAAACAAAUAAGUUUCAGCACAUCUGUUUUA